CAGCAAAGUUGUUGUGUCAAAGAUAGCAUCGUUGCUGCCUCUGCGCCAGAAUUGCCCAUGACCAAGGAUCAAGGCACCCCAUCGCGCAACGACUUGCAGGAGCUCAAGGAGAGAAGCUUUAUGCUUCUGUGCGUGCAGGCCCAGCUGCACUUCAUGCGGGGCGCAGAUGGUGGCGGACUUGAAGACCUACAGGGCCAGGUGGAGGCUCUGGCCCAGGAGAUGUCCUCGGAGCUCGAGGAGCAUCUGCAGCUGUGCCAGGAGCUGGCCACUGCGAAGGAAGAUGCUGCUCGCAUCCAGCAGCUUUGCGAGGAGGAGCUGAAGGACCUGGCCGAGGAUAGCGAAGGCGACUCUCCAGAGACCAAGCGGCGACGCUCGAACUUCGAUGAUGAAGAGGACACCCUGGCAGAGUUGAACCAGAUGGCAGCGGCCGAAGAAGCAGAGAUCGGGCGCCUGCAGCGAUUGAGCGACUUUGAGGAGCAGCUGGGUAUGCCGAGGAUUGAUAUGGAGGAGGAUCAAGUCACGCUUGGAAGGCCGAAUGAGGAGACGGAGGCUCUGUGCACGGUACAGGUUCAGUGGGACCAUGGGCGCCUGCUGCGUGCCGAGCCGCACCCAGCGUUGCGCUUGGACCGGGAGGCCCAGGAGGCGGUGGCGGCGGAGGACCUGGGCCGCCUGCUCGGCGCCCCAAGGCCUUGGUCUGACGCGGCCGGGUUUGGGGCGGUUUGCGGCACCUGGAGCCCUGGUGGCCGGGGCUUCUUCGGCCAUGACUCACAAGAGGCUGGUCUUUGUCUGGGAUCGCACAGGAGCUCAGCCACAAGAUCUGUGAGGGCUUGCCCGCCCGUCUGUCGCGCCUGUGGGCGACUGCCGCUGGCAAAGGGCGAAGCUGCCGUGCGCCGUUGGCUCACUGCAGCCACUGGAGCCGCUUUCUCUCACUUCGAUUUCACUUCUAUCAAGUGACGCAUGAGGAACGGCCGGGCGGGGGGGUCGUGCAUGCAUUGGAGCUGAAUUCGGGGGAUGUGCACGCUAGCUUUGGGCUGCGAUGCCUCUAGCGCGGGAGCCCAGGAUGAUUAGGG